AUGAGCGCCCAUCUGCACGCCUACCAUAAGCCCCCCCUCUGCGGGUGCCUACCUCAGGCCAGCAAAAUCCCCACACACCUGCUGCCUGCACGCUCUUGUUCCUCCCCCAUCUUCCACCACUUCAUAUGUCAUUCUCCUCUCUCUUUCACCAUUCCCUCCCUUCCAGUCCGUCUGCUCUCCCUUCCCUCUCCCCUCCCUGACGUAUCCUCCUUUCUGCCAUGUCUCAUCCCUGCAUUCUACCUUCCCUGCCGUCUCCGCUACGUGCGUCUUCCUUUAUGUGCCAUCUCCCCUCCGUGCCGUCUCCCCUCAUUGCCUUUUAACCUUCCUGCUUGCCAUUUCCCACCAUGCAGCAGCACCUCCUCUCGAGACAAUAUCAAAGCUCCCGUGCUGCAAGGGCUGGGACAUCUGCAGAAGCUCACUCGCCUGCCGACAAACGUGGCAGAGAGGGAGGUUCAAGGUGGGAUCGGGGAUUGGAUAAGGAAGAAGGUGUGGAGUCCGGGGUGGCGGAGGAUGGGGACGAUGGGGCUGGCGAUGGUUUGGGAGAGAGGUGGCAAUGCUGCUGGUGCGGAGGGUUCAGAGGGGGACGAGGAAGUGGAGGAUGAGGCGGGUGCGGACGAGGAGGAGGAGGUGGAAGAGGAGGAAGAGGAGGGGGGUGAUGACGAGUACGAGGAGGAGAAAGAUGAGGAGGGGAGUGGUGACAACUCCGAGGAGGAGGUGUACUCCGGAGAAGGGGAGGCCGCAGAUGGCGACGUUGCUGAAGACUGCCCCGACUUGGUCGCCGAAGGGGUGGAGGAGAUGGAAGGGGAGGGGGGGGGGGGGAGGUAA